UAGGGAAGAUUAACCCGCCUACGCACAGGGAUGAGGAAGCAAUUAGGAUCUGCCAAAAAUCGCGAGCGACGCACACGCCAUGCGCGUACGACGAGAUGGAUGGAUAUAUACAGACGAGGCGAGACGGAGCGGCGGCGGCGAGGCUUCUUAGGCUCACCGGAUGGUCUUCCCACUCGCUCGCUCGCUCCCCCACAUCAUCAUCCUGUUCCCGUCCACCGGAAGUGGACUUUCCCCAAUACGGACUCGCUCCACCACCACCACCACCUCCUCCUCCUCCGCCUCUUCUUCUUCUUCUUCUUCUUCCACAGUCCCACACGCUUUCCGUUCCUCCCCACCUCCCGCCGCGACUCCGCCCACGCCAUGGAGGUGUCCAACCAGGCGUCCUGGCCCGACGACUUCCUCUGCCCCAUCUCGCUCGAGGUCAUGACGGACCCCGUCAUCCUCCCCUCCGGCCACACCUUCGAGCGCCGCAGCAUCCAGCGCUGGCUCGACGGGGGCCACCGGACCUGCCCCGUCACCAACCUGCCUCUCCCCCCUGACCCCACGCUCAUCCCCAACCACGCGCUGCGCCGCCUCAUAGCGGCCGUUUCCGUUUCCCCGGCGGCCGUGUCCGCGGACAAGGUCCUCGCGGGGGACUGCCAGGAGCAAGGGGUGGCGCCGCCGUCGUCCUCCUCCGUCUUGGGGAUGCUCAGGCUGGCCAAGUCUGGGCCGGCCGGCCGGAGGGAGGUGCUGGAGUCCGGCGCGGUCGCGGUGCUGCUCCAGCACGCCGCCGCGGGGGACGAGGCGGCGGCCAGGGCGCUCCUGUAUCUCAGCCUCGACGGCGACGACGCGCGCGUCGGCCUCGUGGCGGACGGCGCCGUCGACGCGCUCUGCGCGGCCGUGUCCGCCGGCGGCGCGGCCGCCGCCCACGCGGCUACGGCGCUGACGAGCCUCGCCACCGUGGGCGUCAACAAGUGCACCAUCGGGGCGCAUCCCUCUGCCGUCCCGGCGCUGUCCAGGCUCCUCUGGCGCGGCGGCGCGCGGGAGCGCCGUGAGGCCGCGACAACCCUGUACGAGCUCUGCAAGCUGCCCGAGAACCGCCGCCGCACGGUGCGCGCCGGGGCCGCGCCGGCGCUCGUCGAGCUGGCCGCCAAUGGCUCUGCCCGCGCCGUCGAGGUGCUCGGUCUCCUCGCCAAGAACCGCGAGGGCCGCCACGACCUGUCCAGAAUCCCGGACAUCGUGGCCGUGCUCUGCACUGUCGCCGGCAGCGGCAACGCCCGUGCAAUCGACCAGGCCCUGGUCGUCCUCAACUGGAUUUGCUCCGAGAGCAACGAAUUGGCAAUGGAGGCAAUCAAGCUGGGAGCUUUCCAGCUCUGUGAGGCUCUGGUGAACGACGACAACUGCAAGAUUGCCAAGAACGCGGUGGAAUUAGCCCGGACACUCGAGAAAGCUUAGCAUUCAGACAUCCAAAUAUCAAAUUUAUCAGAAUUUUGAUUCGGUAUUGGCCUCAGUGUACAAAGGUAGAAACAGCAAAGGUGAAUUUUUGUCUUCUCUUUUUCUUUUGUAGCAGAGCUGGAAAUGGAAAGGGGAAAAAAAUAAGCAGAAUUAGUUUGUGUUUAUAAAACAUGGUUCAUGAACUGCUCUGGGGGCUGCCCGAUGGGAGUCCGAAUUCGAAAUCAUCCAGUCUGAAAUGUCACAAGUAUGAUGCAUCUGAUCAAGUGUCUAGUGCUAUCAAGUAGCUCCAUUGCAAAUGAUCCUAUUUCAGUCUAUCUUGUGUGCCAUAGUUUCCUAUGAGGAGGAUUGUAUUGCGUGUAUCUGCCUAUCAUCCCCUUGUGAUGUGAUAUAAGACAACAAAUGAAAUUUUCAUUUAAUAGAAGUACAAAGGUGUGGAUUCUUGCU